UGGAUAUCGGGCAGUAGGCCGUUCUACCUCCUCCGGCUACGUCAAGUUCUACACCAUUGACCCCAACUGACUCACGCCCAAGUCUCAACUGUCACUCAGGUAUAGCUACGCCGACGGGAAUCCUCCGCGCGAGGCUGUCCAACAUCAUUCAUAAGGCCGCGACGCGGUCAAGACACCACUCCCGACCUGAACCUAACCUCUUACAAUGCGCACCUUCACCUUCAGCAGCCUCGACAUCCUCAACAGUAGCAUCGUACCCGAAGGCAGCGACUUCUCUGAAUACACAGUCGAGACCACCGGCGGCAAGGGCUCUGCGCGCGGCGUGACCACGCUGAGCGGCGCGUUCGACGCGUCCAUCAACUGGAGCGAGAAGUAUUUCGACAUCGCCGGCCAGACCCUGCCAUUCAAUGAAUUGGAUAAGAAGAUGGUCGUCGAUGGGAGGCAGAGGUCCGGCAGGCUUUGGCAGUGGGGCAACGCGCAGUAUGAACUGAAGUGCAGGGAUCGGGCGUGGACUGUCACAGACUUGCUGACAGACACCGUCGUCGCGCAUCUCCGCACGGCUGAGAAGCAUACCUUCCAGAGGAGCAAGCCAGCUCGACUCGCCCUCGAGCGCGACAUACCUCCAGCCGAGCUUGCUUUCCUCAUCCUUGCCCUGCUGGCCUCCGAAGCGCGCUGGCUGGAUAUCAUGAAACCGGGCUUCAACUUCUGGGAUUCGGCCCCGAGUCAGGCAUACACAAGCGCGGGGUGGAUAGGGCACAGGGCGGGUAUGCGGCCUUAUUGAUGACAGCGCUAGCGCGACAUAGGACAAGCUGUAGAGCCUUGGAUGAAGUGGAUAUAGCAAGAAACCUGUAUCAAGUCGAGUCAUGCAUGCCCUGCGCGAGGACCGCUCUCGCCAAGGUAGACCUGCCAGAAGAGAUGAUACUGCUCAGGGCGGAGCCUGAGGUAGACGGACAGACGUGUUUGAUACGUGGAGCGGGCAUACAUUCCUCAUAAACCUGGAGGUCAUCCGACAACAAAGUUCAGUGGCGGAGGAGAUACAUCGAGGAUCCUUACCUGUACAUAUAUAAGGACGACGAUUCGAGAGAGAGUGUUGAAAGGACC